GAACCCAGGGCUUCCAGCUUGCUAGGCAAGCAUUCUAGGAGCUGAUUUAUAAAUGAUGGAAGUUACUGGGUGGAUCUUUGAGAUGUGGCCUCCUGAGCCCUGUGCUGGGGCCUCUUAAGAAUGAGGACUUUUCAGUGCCCACUGCCCUUUGGCAGCUUCCAAAUGACAGCUCAUUCCUUCAUAGAGAAGUGGGGUUGCAUGUCUGGCAAGGAUUGAGAGAGCCCAAAGUUGAGACUACUAAGCCAGGCUCACUACCAAGUUCUGUUCCUCAUUCUGGGGAAAUUCCCAGUGGAAGACUAUAAAGUUACAAGGCGAAAUGGUCCUCUGGGACCCAUGCUUCCAGUGCUGGUUACUGUCAGGUGCCAACCGAGUUAGGUUUGGGGAGGUUCACAGAGGAAGAAGAUCUGGUUGUACGCUCAAAGGAUUUGGCUGGCCUUGCACAGAAAUUGGAACCCAUACUUCCUGGAUGACAGCAGAAGGCAUGGCCUGCCAGGGUAGGCUUUGGAAGAGCAAAGACCCAAUUCAAGCGUCAGAGAAGGAUUUGGUUCCAAAUUUAGGCUUGGAGGUAGAAGAGUGCCUAUCCAGGCAGCCAAGGACUGUAAAGCUACAAGGAUUUCCUAGGCAGGUGCCUGCCUGGUAUCCAGGAUAGAACACACUUCUGUGGAGAAAUGGAACUGUGGUGACCCGCUAGAUACCCCGCCCGGGUGCGAGGGGAGGGACAGUCCCCGGAGAAGGGCGGGGGGCGUGGCCAGGGGCAAUUGAGGCGGAGCCCGGGCAUUCUAGCAGCACGAAGACUGGCGGCAGAGACGGGCUGGGCUGGCAGUCACCCACGACCCCCCUUCACCGCUAUGGUAGCCCAUCAGUAGCAGGUCCCAGGCCUCCCAGACAUGUGGGCAGAGCUGGCGGUAGCCAGGUGCGCUGAGCCACGAGAACUCUAGGGCACUUGGGACGGCUCUGCCUGCUGUGCUCUGGCGCCUGUGGAGAUGUCCAACUGACAGGAGGGCUCGAGAGGACAAGAACGCGCCCCAUAGCCCAAGCCCGCUGCACCCAUGGCGCUGCCAGCCAGCCUGUUGCCUCUGUGCUGCUUGGCACUUCUGACACUGCCUGCCCAGAGCUGCGGACCCGGCCGGGGACCAGUUGGUCGGCGCCGCUAUGGGCGCAAGCAGCCUGUGCCGCUGCUCUACAAGCAAUUUGUGCCCAGUGUGCCUGAAAGGACCCUGGGCGCCAGUGGGCCAGCUGAGGGAAGGGUGGCAAGGGCCUCCGAGCGCUUCCGGGACCUCAUACCCAACUACAACCCUGACAUCAUCUUCAAGGAUGAGGAGAACAGUGGUGCUGACCGACUAAUGACGGAGCGUUGCAAGGAGCGGGUGAACGCGCUGGCCAUCGCGGUGAUGAACAUGUGGCCCGGAGUGCGCCUCCGGGUGACCGAGGGCUGGGACGAGGACGGCCACCAUGCCCAGGACUCGCUGCAUUACGAAGGUCGCGCCCUGGACAUCACCACGUCCGACCGCGACCGCAACAAGUACGGGCUGCUGGCGCGCCUGGCGGUGGAGGCCGGCUUCGACUGGGUGCACUACGAGUCGCGCAGCCACGUCCACGUGUCGGUCCGAGCGGAUAACUCGCUGGCCGUCCGCGCGGGAGGCUGCUUUCCGGGGAACGCCACGGUGCGCCUGCGGAGCGGCGAGCGCAAGGGGCUGCGGGAGCUGCACCGCGGAGACUGGGUGCUGGCGGCCGACGCCGCGGGCCGCGUGGUGCCCACGCCGGUGCUGCUCUUCCUGGACCGCGACCUGCAGCGCCGGGCCUCCUUCGUGGCCGUGGAGACCGAGCGGCCUCCGCGCAAGCUGCUGCUCACGCCCUGGCACCUGGUCUUCGCCGCUCGAGGGCCCGCGCCGGCGCCCGGCGACUUCGCCCCGGUGUUCGCGCGCCGCCUCCGCGCCGGGGACUCGGUGCUGGCGCCCGGCGGGGACGCGCUCCGGCCGGCGCGCGUGGCCCGCGUGGCGCGGGAGGAGGCCGUGGGGGUGUUCGCGCCGCUCACCGCGCACGGCACCCUGCUGGUCAACGACGUCCUGGCCUCGUGCUACGCGGUCCUGGAGAGCCACCAGUGGGCGCACCGCGCCUUCGCCCCGCUGCGCCUGCUGCACGCGCUGGGGGCGCUGCUGCCCGGGGGCCCGGCCCAGCCGACCGGCAUGCACUGGUACUCGCGCCUGCUCUACCGCCUGGCGGAGGAGCUGCUGGGCUGAGCGC